ACCACUAUUAUGGCCGUAGAAUACGAUGGGGGUGUGAUUAUUGGAGCCGAUUCAAGAACGACAACUGGGUCAUACAUUGCGAAUAGAGUGACUGAUAAACUAACAAUGAUCAGUGAUAAGAUCUACUGCUGCCGCUCAGGGUCCGCCGCAGACACACAGGCGGUUGCCAACUACGUACAAUACUACUUAAAUAUCCAUGCCGUGGAGCUGGGCGAGGAUCCUCUGGUGAACACAGCCGCCAACAUGUUCAAGAGUAUCUGCUACAACAACCGAGACAACCUCAUGGCCGGUAUCAUCUGUGCCGGGUGGGACAAGACCAACGGUGGACAGGUAUACACCCUCCCCCUGGGCGGCAUGAAGGUGCGCCAGCCCUUCUCCAUCGGAGGAUCUGGAAGUUCUUACAUAUACGGUUUCUGUGAUGCUAACUUUAAGGAGGGUAUGACCAGGGAAGAGUGCGAGGUAUUCGCAGCCAAUGCGAUUGCGCUGGCCAUGGCACGAGAUGGGUCGUCUGGAGGUGUGAUUCGUUUGGCAUCCAUCAGCGCCAGUGGCGUUGACCGCAAAGUGAUCACAGGCAAGGACAUCCCUGCCUUUAGUGAGCUAUAGGGGAGACUAUGUGGAGCUUAUUAAUUACUCAAGUGCGAUAUUAGGGAAGAUAGUCAAUAAAACGAAUGAAAUGCC